UAAGCGAAUAUAUUCUAAUAACAACAAGUGUAGGCUACCGGUUUUCUAGCCCAGCAUUCCAAAUUUCCAAUAAAGACCCCUGGGAUUCACUCCUUCAUUGUUUUCUCCACUACACAUCCCAACCUUUUUGCUCUCUCUUCUCUUCUACACCGAUUAAGAAAUUGUUAAGAUCUGAGAAUAUGGGUAGUUCAGGAGAUGCAUGGAAAUUGAAGGACCACCCAAAGUUACCUAAAGGAAAGACAGUUGCUGUGAUUGUUUUAGAUGGUUGGGGUGAAGCUAAACCUAAUCAAUAUAAUGCUAUUGCUGUUGCUGAUACUCCUGUUAUGGACUCCCUCAAAGAGGGUGCUCCUGAAAAGUGGAGAUUGAUUAAGGCACAUGGGAAUGCUGUGGGGCUACCCACAGAGGAUGAUAUGGGUAACAGUGAAGUUGGUCACAAUGCUCUUGGUGCUGGAAGGAUCUUUGCUCAAGGUGCAAAGCUUGUUGACCUAGCCCUUGCCUCUGGGAAAAUCUAUGAAGGAGAAGGUUUCAAGUAUGUUAAAGAAUGUUUUGAGAAAGGAACUCUACACCUCAUUGGUCUCCUGAGUGAUGGGGGUGUCCACUCCAGGCUUGACCAAGUGCAGUUGUUGCUGAAAGGUGCUGCUGAGCAUGGUGCCAAAAGAAUUCGUGUCCAUUGCCUUACUGACGGGCGUGAUGUUCUGGAUGGUUCUAGUGUGGGCUUCAUGGAGACCCUUGAGAAUGAUCUUGCAAAAUUACGUGAACAAGGUGUUGACGCCCGGGUUGCAUCUGGUGGAGGUCGCAUGUAUGUUACCAUGGAUCGUUAUGAGAAUGACUGGGAAGUCGUAAAAAGAGGUUGGGAUGCACAAGUUCUUGGUGAGGCUCCACACAAGUUUAAGGAUCCUGUUGAAGCAAUUAAGACGUUGAGGAAGGAACCCAAUGCCAGUGAUCAGUACUUACCCCCUUUUGUUAUUGUUGAUGAUAAUGGAAAGGCUGUUGGGCCUGUUUUGGACGGUGAUGCUGUUGUGACUUUCAACUUCAGAGCUGAUCGUAUGACCAUGCUUGCCAAGGCCCUUGAAUACGAGGAUUUUGAUAAGUUUGAUCGUGUACGAGUCCCUAAAAUCCAUUAUGCUGGUAUGCUCCAAUAUGAUGGUGAGUUGAAGCUUCCAAGCAAAUACCUUGUUUCUCCUCCAGAGAUUGACAGGACAUCUGGGGAGUAUCUAGUGCGCAAUGGUGUUCGGACUUUUGCUUGCAGUGAGACUGUUAAAUUUGGUCAUGUCACCUUCUUUUGGAAUGGAAACCGCUCGGGGUAUUUUAAUGAGAAAUUGGAAGAGUAUGUGGAAAUUCCAAGUGACAGUGGGAUCACAUUUAAUGUUAAGCCAAAGAUGAAGGCGCUGGAGAUUGCUGAAAGGACUAGGGAUGCCAUCCUUAGCGGCAAAUUUGAUCAGGUACGUGUGAACAUACCUAAUGGUGAUAUGGUGGGACAUACUGGUGACAUCGAAGCAACAAUUGUAGCUUGCAAGGCUGCUGAUGAAGGUGUCAAGAUGAUCCUCGAUGCUGUUGAACAAGUGGGUGGAAUAUAUGUAGUUACUGCUGACCAUGGAAAUGCUGAAGAUAUGGUUAAGAGAAACAAGAAGGGAGAGCCGGCACUUGACAAGAAUGGGAACAUUCAGAUUCUCACUUCUCACACUUGCGAACCUGUUCCUAUUGCAAUUGGCGGUCCUGGAUUGGCACCCGGUGUGAGAUUCCGCAAAGAUGUCCCCACUGGUGGGCUUGCUAACGUGGCUGCAACCUUUAUGAAUCUGCAUGGCUACGAGGCACCUGAUGAUUACGAGCCAACCUUGAUCGAGGUUGUUGAUGUCUAGAUAUUUCAUAGACCUUAGGGUUGAAGUUUUGGCGCAAGGGGAAAGUGAUAAUCACUACGUUCUAUACUUUCCGUUUAUUUGAAUAAGGCGUUUUUUUUAAGCUUAUAUUAACAGCUAUUGACAUUCCCACACGGCCUUGUUUUAAGCUGUGAUGGAAAGAGUACGCGAUAUACUGUUCAUGAUAAACCUCUAAUCUUUGAAGGCAUGUAAUCGUAUCUUGAGGUGAGUUUUUCGUUUGGUGAACGAAAAUUCUUAAUCCUUGACCAUAUGUGGCAGAAAUACAUAAUCUGUUUGAUGA